UCCUUCAUAAAAAUCCUUACUUCGAGGAGAAAGUUACGCUAAAAGAUGUAGAUUGAUACAGUUGAUUAAAGAACUCAUAAAUAUUGCGUUCUCUUUUUCAGCAUUCAAAGCCAAGAGCAUUGACGCAAAUGGCGGCGUCUUCUCAAUCCAGCCUUCUUGCUAAAUGAUGUGUCUUGCAUGACAAAGUUAACAGAAAAGCAAGUUGGUCGGGCUUCGAAGGACAGGUUUUUUUAAAAAUCAGAAACUGAUUAUUUUGGUGAACAGUUUACUGGUAUCAUUCACCUAUAGUUAAUGAAAACACGUCAUCACGGUAGAUCUCUUUUUUUAGAGAUUAAUAGGAAGUUUUUGAUGUUCGGAAAGGUGGUACAUGUAUUUCAGUUCUUUCGGUGGACACACACGAGCGAUGAAUGAGACAACUCAGAGGAGUUUCAGUUACGACUCGCACAAGAUCUUACACGUUGUGAUGAUUGCCAUCGUUAUAAUUGGUUCUAUAGCUGGGAACAGCAUCAUUUGCUUUCUUCUUGUUAGGUUUAAGACUUUGCGAACAGUUCCCAAUAUUCUUAUUGUAAACUUGGCUGUUGUUGACAUCUUAAACGCAGUGACCAACAUGCCUCUGAUGAUCAUGUGGUACAUCUACCAAGUUCCGUAUUUGAAAGGACGUCCAAUAUCCUGGUUCAUAGUGACCUGGUACGUGCUUUUCAUGUACCUCACCGUAUUCAAUCUAACUGUGCUUACAAUGGACCGCUUCGGAGCCAUUGUCCACGGUGUUCAUUAUCACUCGUGGAAAACAAUCAACAAGGCUAAGGCAGCAGUGUUUUUUGUAUGGUUUUUAGCCGCUACCUAUACGUAUGGAAUGUUCACUUUGGGACUGGACAUUGACCUUGGUGACGCCCCAGUGCUUGUCUACAGAAUUCACUAUUUGAAGAAAUUUGGAAGGCAUUUUAUCAUACCAGGGUAUGUCGUGCCUUUCGCGAUCAUGGUCGUUAUGGGAGUAAUCAUUUGGCGCACAGUGCAUAACCACAGUAGGCGCAUUUCGGCGUUCUGUUCUGUGAGAAAACAGAACAAAAAUGACGUGAAGACAGCAAAGACGAUCGGCUUGACUGUGGUUGCUUUUUUCUGUAUGGGUGUAUUGCCGAUGUUUCUACACAACAUAUCGAAAGUUCACGGCUCAUGGCCUCAUUUCCUCGCUUUCUUUCUAACGCAUCUGAACAGUAUGGCAAAUCCCAUCAUUUACUCUCUCAAGACUCCUCGGUUUCGUAAGGCGUUUCUUCUAUUCUUGAAGGAACCUUUGGGCAAGUCCCAACCACUAAUGGUUUCCAUGAAUCGGGUGGAUCUCAACUCCACAACAAGGAAUUUCACUUCGAAAGUGAAUGUGUUUCACACCAAGAUCUCAUCUGUUUAAAUCAUGAUGAUAAAUUCUCUCUACUUAUCAACUUUUUUAUAUCGUAAAGUAUUUAUUAUUUGCAAACGUUCACUUGACGUAUAUGGAAUACGUAACAAUAAUUGAGUUGAAAUUGUUUUUGGAAUAGAUCUCACCUGCGUGGACCUAAAAAACAUUCGUACUUGAUGGACUAAGCUUCGUUCUUGCACA